AUUCAUGGCGGCCCGGGAACAGACUGUGGGCGGCGGGGCUCUGGAGACCUGCAGUCUGGAGCGGAUUUUGGAGGCGCUGAAGCUGCUGCUAAGCCCCGGAGGAUCGGGCUCAAGUUCACUACAGAUCACAAAACAUGAUGUCUUGUUGGCUACUUUAAAAUCAAACCUGUCUGCUUUGGAGGACAAGUUUCUGAAGGAUCCUCACUGGAAACAAUUGAAACUCUUGAGAGAUGAAAUUGCUAAAAAGGCAGAAUGUCCACAAAACUCUAUGGAUAUCACUUGGAGUUUUACCUCUCAAACCUUGUUGUUGCUUCUGUGUUUAAAGGAAACUAUGAUCCACCUUACAGCUGAUUUCAAUCCAGGUAAACCCAACCCGAGGACUCCAGAGGUUGCUCCUGCCCUGAGCCCUGAUACACUUAGUAUCUCACAGCAGAAGACUGUCCAGUCAGUUUUGCAAUUUGUAGUCACCUUAGGUGUCUGCCCCUAUCUCAUUCCUGGUGUUGGAGUCCCUUUGAGAUACAGGACUGAUUUUGGUGCUGUUGUUCAAGACGUGGUAUGUCUCGAUGUUGCCCCUGAUGCAGCCCGAAGACUGUACACCAGCUGCAGGGUCCUUUUAAAUGUUGCUCAGCAUACAUCUCUUGGGAACUUGAUUUUCUGUCGCCAUUUUGGAGAUAUUGCAGCAGGACUGUGCCAACUGGGAUUUUGUCCAACCAAAAGAAAGGCAGUAAAACCUUUGGAUGAGGUUUUAAAGGAAGAAGAAAGAGCUCUAUGUAGGGGGACCUUGAAAAACAUCUUGGAUCAAGUGUAUCAACCAUUAGCAGUCCGGGAAUUACUUAUCCUCCAGGGAGGACCUCCCCAGUCUUGCACAGAUGGGAAGACACAAUUUGGGUCUCGGGCCCCAGCUUGGCUUCGGCGUCUUUGUGGACAGCUGCUCUCUGAAAGGUUAAUGAAACCGUGUGGUGUUCAGGCAGUAGUCCGGGGCAUUUUGGAAGGAGCAGGAGCUGGAGCAGCUGGCGGGAGUGAUGCUGAGGUGAUGGCUACUGACUGGAAGAAGUGUGACUUGAUUGCAAAGAUUUUGGCCUCUUGUCCCCAGCAGUCUCUUUCACCAGAGAGUUACUAUAAGGAUAUCUGCCCCCAGAUUCUGGAUUUAUUUCACUUUCAAGACAAAUUGACAGCACGACAGUUUCAGAGAGUUGCCACCACUACCUUUAUUACUAUAUCAAGAGAAUGCCCACAAUUGGCAGCUAAAUAUUUGCUUCAACCAGUGUUAGCUCCUCUUCACCGAUGUUUGAAUACAGCAGAGAUUCCAGAACGUGACAUGGUGCCAGGGACCGUUUUGGUGACAGAAGAAGAACUUAGUAGAUGCAUUGAAGAUGUAUUUAAGGUGUUUGUGAUUGGGAAUGAACCUUUAACAGUUUUGGUGGAUUCUCUACUUCCAGUCCUGGGAGUGCUCUUUUCUCUCUAUUGUUUUACCAAGCAGAGUGUGUCUCAUAUAAGGUCACUUUGCCAAGAGAUCUUAUUGUGGAUUCUGGAGAAGUUGGAAAGGAAGAAGGCAGUUGCCAGCCUGAAAGGAUUUGCAGGGUUGGACAAAUCUGUGCCCUCUCUCCAUUCUCUGUGUCAGUUUAGAGUUGCCAGUCAAGGUGGCAUUAUGAUUCUCAUCCAAGAGACCAUUUGUGAGGAAGAUGAGGAUGAAGCCCUGUACCAGAAGGUGUCCUCAGAGCAAUGUCAAGUGGAACAUCUCAGCGACUUGCUGUCCCAUUGUCAGGAAUGUGGUUUGGCAGGAGACUUCUUCAUCUUCUGCCUGAAGGAGUUAACUCAGGUAGCCAUGGAGAAUGAAACAGAGGUAAAGAGUCAGCCUUUCUCCAGCAAAAGCCUCUUGGAAUUCGAGCAGCACCACAGUCUUGUGGAAGGCCAGGAGCGGAAGCUACUGAUCCUGCAACUGAUAACAGUUUUGUGCGAGAGAAUGUCGGAACAGAUCUUCACAAACAUCACUCAGGUGGUGGACUUUGUAUCAGCCACUCUACAGAGAGCAUGUGCAAGCUUGGCCCAUCAGGCAGAAAGUACAGUGGAAUCGCAGACACUGAGCAUGUCCAUGGGACUGGUGGCUGUCAUGUUGGGAGGAGCUGUUCAGUUGAAAUCAAGUGAGUUUGCUGUCCUGAAGCAGUUGAUGCCUCUGCUGGAGAAGGUCUCUAACACAUACCCUGACCCUGUCAUCCAAGAACUUGCUGUUGAUCUCCGCAUCACCAUCGCUACCCAUGGAGCCUUUUCCACUGAGGCUGUCAGUGUGGCUGCCCAAAGUACCCUGAACAAAAAAAAUCCAGAAAGGAAAAUAGAAGGACAGCAACAAACCAACUGCGAAAGAUCCACUGAUGUAACCAAUAGCUGCCUCAAACAACAGGACAGUAAUGAAGAAUCCAGUCACCCAACAGACCUGAAAUAUAAUAAUGCUUCACUCAUUCCUCAGGAGGUGAAUGAACCCAGCACAACAAGCCAGAAAUCCGGAGGCGUACUCCCAGAAGAGCUUCAGGAGAUUCUUUUAUCAGCUUAUGACCCUCAAAUUCCAACCCGGGCUGCUGCUUUGAGAACUCUUUGUCGCUGGAUAGAACAGAGAGAAGGAAAAGUCCUGGAGAUGCAAGAGAAGCUUCUCAAGAUAUUCUUGGAGAACCUGGAGCAUGAAGACACCUUUGUAUAUCUGUCUGCUAUUCAGGGGGUUGCCCUGCUCUCAGAUGUGUAUCCUGAGAAAAUCUUGCUUAGCCUUUUGGCUCAGUACGACAGCAGUAAAGAUAAGCACUCGCCAGAGACCAGAAUGAAGGUUGGGGAAGUCCUGAUGCGAAUUGUCAGAGCACUGGGAGACAUGGUCUCAAAGUACCGAGAACCUUUGAUGAACACCUUCUUGAGGGGAACAAGAGAUCCAGAUAGUGCCCACAGGGCCAGCAGUUUAUCCAACCUUGGAGAGCUGUGCCAGAGGCUGGACUUCCUGCUGGGCUCCAUGGUUCAUGAGGUAACAACUUGCCUGAUUGCUGUGGCUAAAACAGAUCCUGAAGUUCAAGUGCGCCGAGCUGCCAUCCAUGUGGUUGUGCUGCUGCUUCGGGGUCUCAGCCAGAAAACUACUGAGGUGCUGAGGGACGUCCUCAAGGAUCUCUACCACCUGCUGAAGCACGUGGUGCAUUUGGAGCCUGAUGAAGUGGCCAAGCUCCAUGCCCAGUUGGCCCUGGAAGAGUUGGAUGAGAUAAUGAGAAACUUCCUGUUCCCACCCCAGAAGCUGGAGAAAAAGAUUGUGGUCCUUCCAUAA